AUGGAGGAAGGAUCGCACAAAUCGAGGACGAUCGAAAACCCCUUUGUAAAGCCCGAGAAUCAGAGAUGGAGCGUCUCCUUGCAUCGAUCCCUCGUUCGAAGCGUUUCACCUCCGCCGGCCAGGGCCAGGAAACGCCGUCGUGAAGGCCAAACCCCCCCUAGGGUCGCCGAUGAAGAUGAUACGAAGCCCGAAGAUCAGCCACAGAGCGAGCUGAAGGUCGAUAUCGCGGCUAUCGAGGCUGGAAGAGAGGAUGUUGAAGACCACCUCGAGGUAUUUUCCGCGCGCCUCCGGGCUUCAACCCGGCCUGAGCUGCCGCAGGUCCCUCGGCUGGAUCAUUCGGCGUGGAGGGACCUCUAUCAGAGGAACCAGCAUGAAGACGGCAGGCAUUUCGUCGUCCAUCAGCAUGAUCAUCCCAUUGCUGGCCCGCACUACGAUCUCAGGCUGCAGUUUUCACGGACCAGUUCGUUGAGCUUUGCCAUCAUGUAUGGCCUGCCAGGGAAUCCAAACAGCAAGCGACUGAGUAGAAAUGCUACCGAGACAAGAGUGCACAAUGUAUGGAAUCACUUGAUUGAAUCUGCGUCUGCUGCAUCAGGCAGCAUGAUAAUCUGGGAUACUGGCGAGUACUCCGUGCUUCCAUAUUACGGCAGUGAUGCCCUACAAACAGACAAAUCCGAUGCAAGCCUUUCUACAGAGGAGCAGCCUACAGAAAGUGAAAAGCUCCGAAGAGCAUUCCGUCAGGUAAAUGGCCAAAUAAUCUUCAUGAACGGAAAGCAGGUAGAUAUCAGACAGAGACCCGAGUUGACUUCAUCAGACAGCGAAGAGCACGAAGAGAGGCCAUCUUCAGAUCAACCUUCAUCAAAUAUCUCGCCCUCGCAUUCUGACCAGGAAGACGAAACCAUACGCCAGACAAACGCGUAUAGAGGGGCGACAAAUUCAAUUUCUUCCAUCCACCAACGGACUUGGUACUUGACCUUGGACCGUGUCAAUUCGGGUUUUGAUAGGCGUGUGGGCAGCACCCGAGCAGUUCACUGGACCAGAAAAGAAGAAACGAGCCCCGGAAACGGAGCCAGUCCCCUGGGAUUCGAGCCGUUCUUCGUCCGGGGACCAGACUUCGAGCGAAGUAUCCUCACCGGAAGAUUGGGCAGCGAUGUUCUCCAUGAUGGGGCUGUUGUUGGCUUUCGCGGGAGGAAAGGAUGGCGCCCCGUUCUCGAAUAA